CAAAAUGGCAGGUCUUCCGGGUCUAUUUCUGAAUUGAAAAUUUUCAAGAUUCCGAUGGAAUGAGAAGGGGUGGAGACACUUUCCCUGGAGCAGGGCUUGGCAGAAGGUCGACCGUUGGACGCAAUGCCUCAAGUCGAGCAUCUUUGGACCAGGAUUUGGACUCUAUUCUAAGUGGUGGUAAUGAUGAUGAUCUAUUUGGUGCAAGUGCUCAACAGCAACCAAAGGCCAAAGGGAGGUCUGGAACUUCAGGUCCUGCCAAGAAGGGAACACUGACGUCAGGUGCCACUGAUGAAGACUUUUACAGUAGUCUGGCUCAGAUGGCUGGGAGUGACAUUGAAGAUGAGGACGAGUCACUGUCUGAGGCAGAUGCCAAAAAGAUGGCUGACAGUCUUGCUGGUCUUGAUGACAUGGAAUCUGAUCUCUUUGGAGGAUCCUUGGGAAAGAAAAAUACAGUAAGCAAGUCUCCAAAACCUGUAAAGGCUGCAUCAGAACAGAAGAAGAUCAGUGCUGACAGUAAACUACCCCCUGCAACCUCCUCUACAACAGAGUCUGCUAAAUCCAAGAUGGCAUCUGCAUCAUCAUCAUCAUCUACAAAAACUGGUGAAUCUUCUGAAAAAGCAACCUCCAAGCAAGAUUCUGUCAAGGUGAAGGAAGUGAAAAAGCCAAGGAAAAAAUUUGACUUUGGAGAGUUUGAUGAAGAUGACCCCUUGGCAGGCCUGUUAUCUGAUGAUGAAGAAGACCCAAAACCCAAGCCCAAGCCUAGAAAGUCUUCAGGUUCAAAGAACAGUGGUUCGUCUGCAAUAUCUAGUCAAGAUUCCACAGAAGAGAGACCAUCGUCUUCAAGAGGGCGUCGGCCAGCCAAUCAGGAAUCAGUAAAUACACCAUCACCUCCUGUUACACCAGAACAUCAAGCUGUUCUCAGGGGGGGCAAAAAUCAAGGUGAUGCUGUAUCUUCCCCUCCUGAAUCACCAGAAGUAGCAUCAGAUAUCCAGGGGGGAGAUAUAACACCCUCUCAAACUACACGACGGGACAAAGGACAAAGAAAGCCUAAUGCUGGUAAAGCAAAGCCAAGUAAAGAGGAGAUUAAUUUUGACUCAGAUGAAGAUUUACCAGGUCUGGAUGACUCGCAAGAAAACACUCCUCGAGAUUCACCCAUUCCUCCCACAAGAUCAAAGAAAGAGCAAACAAGCAAAAAGGAAACACAGGGCACAUCAGGGGAUAUAUUUGGAGACGAUGAUGACCUGCCUGGUACUGAAACCAGAAGUGACAGCCCCACAAGAGGUUCCCGUUUCAGCGAACUGCUUGGUAAAAAGGAAAAAGAAGAAACUAAAAAACAAGUUCCUAAAUCUUUAGACGACUUCAUGGCUAACAUAAGCACGAAGCCUCCGGUAGGAGGAGGCACAACAAACAAGAAAGUUUCCAGUCCAACUUCUGAGGAGUCAUUCCAGUUUGGUGGUUACAUGCCAUCUGCAGCCUCCAGUGGUCGGUCGCGCAGUCGAGGAGGCCUGGCAAGACCAGACACAGCCCCCAGCUCCACCAAGCGUUCCGUGCGGUUUUCAGAUGACCUGGGACUAGAUGAUGAACUAUUUGGAGGUGAGAGGCCCUCGACAGCUCCGAGUCAGAGAUCACCCGGAAGGCAAACAAAAAGAGAUGAAAAAGAUGAAAAAAGCAGUGGAUCGUAUUUAGAUGAUAAAGACCAGAAACCAAAAGGAGACAGCAAUCCAACUAAAGGACAAGCGAGGAAUAAUGAAGAAAGCAAGAUCGAACAGAAAAAGAAUUCACAAACUGAGAAACCAAAAGAGGAAAACACGCCUGCUACACACGGAUCCAAAUUAGGUGGAAGCGGCGGGGGAGACUGGUUAGGACUGAGUGGAGGUGAUGACGACGGAGGUCUGGAUCUUAGUAGUGCUCCUCUCAAAACAAGCACACCAUUUCCUCAGGAGAGCAGAAAGGACACACCCAGCGUGAAAGCUCCCCUUGAACGUCAGGAGAGGCAGCAAUCACCGCCAAGAAGAGCUGGACGACGCCGGGGAGAUGGUGACAACGAUGAGUUCUUACGCAUGCUGGGAAUUACACCUGAUGAGCCACCAAAACCAAAACAGGUCGAGUCAGCUGAUGACAGUGGCAAGUCGUCUUUGUUCCCAUGGGAGUCCCAAGGAGGCAGUCCGAGAAGAGGAAGGCGGAGGCGUGAUCAAGCCAGUCCGCAGUCCUCGUUUGAUGAACCAGACCCUGCAUCCAGCCUUGGAGGACCCCUAGAUAGGCCGCCUCAGGGGGGUCGCAUGGACAAAGAUGACUUUGAAAAGAUAGUGCAACAAUCUUUAAACCAAGAUACAGCAAAACUACAAACAGAACGGCAAGCAGCUGCCGGAGAAGUUCAGACUAGAAGAGAAUCUGAAACAGCUGUAAUCCACGACAGUUCUUUACCUUCGCCUUCGGCAGCUGUUCCACAAGCGCAAGUAUCAACCUCUGCGUCACAACAGCCUGGUCUUUCUCUCUCGCAGCAAUACUCACUGCAGCCGUACACAACACACCCAGUCCCCCCUCAAGCCAACGUUUCACUGCAAAUGACAGCUCAACCUUCAGCUCAGCAGAUGUAUCCUCAGCCUCAAAAUUUCUCUCCUUCACAGUUCCAAAAAACUUAUUUUGCCUCAUCUACUGGUCAAAAUACCUCCCAGACCCUUCCAUACCAACCUUAUUACCAGUCCACAGCUGGAUUUCAACCAUCUCCCCAGGCCAUCCAACCGUCGUCGGUAGAAAGGCUUGAAAUGACAAAAUUGAAAGCCGAAAGUGAGCUGCAGCAGAAUAGACUGCUGGAAUACGAACUAGUUAACGAACAGCACGUGCAGCAGAAGACAAGACUAGAAGAAGAAGUGAGGGAGCUUAUGAAAAAGGUACAAGAGAGGGAAAACGUCCGACAGAGAACAGACCUGGACGCUUCCAGUAAAUUGUCAGAGUUGGAAGGGAAGGUCCGCCGUUAUGAGCUUGAGCGGGAACAACUUCUGACUACGAUUGAAACGUUGAAAACAAGACACAAAGAUGAGCUGGCUAACAUAGAUGCCUCUCACAAAUCUCACUUGAAAACCUUGGAGGAAUCAUACCAACGUCGCGAACAAAGGCUACAAGAUGAGACCGACCUUAUCAUCAAACAAAACAGCGAGAAGCUAAAAACUUUGGAAACGGAGAAGGCUGACAUACGAGCAGCUAACAACCGAAAACUUUCAAUGUUAGAGACAGCGAAAAACAACGAGAUAGAAACGUUAAAAGAUCUUCAUCGACGAGCCAUGGAACAAUUACGCCACGAACACGAAGAUGAGAUGGCGCAUCUUCGAAGACUUAAAGAGCAGGAGGUGUCGGCGGCUACAAGCGCGCAUGCUCACACCAAGUCGCUCCAGUCCCUUAUGGACCACGUUUUAAACUCGACUCGAGAAGUGAGUGACUUGCGACAGAAGAUUGAGGUUACUCACAAAAGUGGUUUGGAAGAGCGCGAACUCUCCGCGAGAGCUCGGGACGACUACCUGAAACAAUUGCAGGAAAGGUUACUACGGCAGCAAUCUGAGAAUGAUGAGGAGAGGACCAGGUUGCAAGGUCUGGUCGCCAAGAUGGAGUUGCACAUGCGCGAGCAGUCUCGACAGGUUGAUCAAGAAAGAUGGCGUCUUACUCAAGAGGAGUCAAGGUUGAAAGCUGUUCAAGCCGCACUGGAAGACGAGAGACGAAUAACUAUGGAACAGCUCUCCUUGCAAAGAGCUGAGGUACAGCGCGCCCGAGAUGACCUGGUACGAGAACAAAGAACUGCUAUGGGUCAGAUACAAGAAGAGCGGCGAUCGCUGGCCACGGAACGAGCCCAGCUCUCCUCUGCUCACAGAGACCUGAUCAGCAGAGAGAAAUUGAAGACUGAGACGAGUGUACAGGCUGAGGCUGAUCUUGGAGCAACUGCAGUAAAGAUUAAAGAGGACGCCGCUUCCUUGAAUGUAAGGGAGGCUCAGCUGAAACAGCAAGAGGAGAGAUUGAGGAGAGAGCAGGAAGAAUUCGAGCGGAAGCGGAUUGGAUUUGAGGAGGAGAGGGACAGAAUCGGAAAGUUGGGUCUCGAGGUGCAGAAGAGAUCACGGGAGAUCGAGGAACUUUGCGCAGAUGCUGGUCGGGCGCGCAAUGACGGUGAGCAUGCCCUGGAACUAGCAGAACGUGUGCGAGUAAAUGCGGAGGCUCAAAGAGCGGAAGCUGAAGGAAUGUUCCUGGUCGUGCAGGAGAAAGAACGGCAACUGGCACAGGAUCGUCUUGCUAUCGCUCAUGAGCGUCGUAUGCUGGAGAAAGACAAGCAGUUAGGGCGAUAUUGGCAGUGUGAGGGACGGCGGGCGAGUCCUGCAGGACAGAUUCAUGCAGCAUCCCAAGUUUCAGAUUCGCCGGCAGUGGACACGUCAGUCCUUACCCACCCAUCCCUACCAAUGUCUACACCUGGAACUCCUGACUUGUUGGUCAACACUCUGGAGUUGAAACGGACACUUCGAAAGUGGUCACAUGACAAAGAAAAGGAUGAAGAAUUUCUGGAACAAGAGGCGCAGUUUCUGAAUAGAUUGCAGAAGUCACGUGACACCAGCAAGCUUAAGUCCAGUCUUCCUUUGAAUUCAACUGUUUACUAACGUGAUCACGUGAGUGGUAUAUCUUUGCUGAUGUCUGUACGAACUGAAGGAAUUUACUAUGCGGUCUUGUUUGUUUGUUUUUCUUUUUAAACGAUCGAGUCCCAU